AUGGCCAGCUGGGCCAACCUGAGCUGGGAGGAGGGGAACGGCAGCGCUUGGGGGGGAGCCCCUUCGGGGGCCUCUGCCCUUCCUUUCCCUGCUGCCGGGGGCCGCGCCUCCUCCUCCUCGCUGGAGGUGCUGCGCUGGGCGGUGCCCUCGGUCUACCUGGGCAUCCUGGGGCUGGGGCUGGUGGGCAAUGCCACGCUGCUGCGGGUGCUGGUGGGGCAGAGGGCCUCCCGGAGGAGCGCGCCCAACCUCUUCAUCUCCAGCCUGGCGGUCGGGGACCUGCUGCUGCUGCUGACCUGCGUCCCCGUCGAGGCCUCCCGCUUCUUCCUCCAGGGCUGGCUCUUCGGGCGCCUCGGCUGCAAGCUCCUGCCCGCCGUCCAGCUCACCUCCGUCGGCGUCUCCGUCUUCACCCUCACCGCCCUCAGCGCCGACAGGUACAAGGCAAUUGUCAAUCCCAUGGAUAUUCAAGCACCCAACACAAUCCUGUGGACCUGCAUUAAAGUGAUUGCCAUCUGGGUAAUUUCCAUUCUGCUAGCAGUUCCUGAAGCAGUAUUCUCUGAAGUGGCAUACAUCAAUGAUGCAGACAAUGUCAGUUUCACAGAAUGCAUUCGAUAUCCCUUGAAAGAUGAUUUGCACCCAAGGAUCCAUUCAGUGAUGAUACUUCUGGUAUACCUCCUCAUUCCACUCACUAUCAUUAGUAUUUACUAUUUCCAUAUUGCAAGGACUUUAAUUAAGAGUGCACACAAUCUUCCAGGAGAAUACAGUGAACAAACUAAAAAACAGAUGGAGACUCGAAAGCGACUGGCUAAAAUUGUACUAGUCUUUGUUGGGCUUUUUGCUGUGUGCUGGCUGCCUACCCAUGUGCUCUACUUGUACCGGUCUUUUAACUACAACAAGAUCGACCCAUCGCUUGGCCAUAUGGUUGUUACUUUGGUAGCCCGAGUGCUCAGCUUCUCCAAUUCAUGUGUCAACCCAUUUGCUCUCUAUUUUCUUAGUGAGAGCUUCAGGCAGCAUUUCAAUGGUCAGCUUUGCUGUCGCAUUGCACCUCAACAACGAAGAUCUGCUAGUUACAUGAACAGCACCUCAGCCAUUGGAAUGAGCUCUGUGGAAAACAAUACCAGGAACACUGUUGCUGUGACAACAAUCCUGAAUGGGAAUAACCCCAAACAAGAUAUACCAUUGUGAUUGGAUUAGUAUAACAUCUGAACUUGACAUGAGUCUGUUUUUGUUGCAUGCCUGAACAUAGAUAAUGUAUUAGCAUCUUCUAACCCAGGAAGAAGCAUUUAUUAAUUUAUUUUCAAAUGGAUUUGGUGAGCUAUACCCGCUCACUUAGCACCUAUUAAGGAAUUGUUUCUUGUUUGGAAUUGAUGAUCUGGGAUGCAGAUAUACAACUGGCUGCUUUCUAAAAGGAAAUUGUACUGUUUAAAUGACAGUUCAAAGAUGGAAACCUUUGGAUGGGGUAUGACUGAGUAAUAUAAUUUUACAAAAUACUGUUUUCUGAUUCUAGCAAAGAGGAUCUGUACACUCUUGCUAAUCUUUAUGCACAUCAGGGUGCAAAUUCAUGUUUAUCUUGGGUUCACUAACUUUCAUAGAGAUGUCUGAUGAAAAUAAAUAUAAUUUAUGUAUGAAAAUAGAAAUGUGUACAUAUAUAAGAUGAAAAUUGAGAACACUUCAUCCAGGCCACUAUCUCUGUACAACAAAGCCUGGUUUGGGUUGAACAAGUGUCUGUGGGUGAAAAUAGAGCACCUUCACAUCAUGUAGGAUUUUGCUAGGAGCAACAAUUGUGAUGUGAUAUGCUAGCUCUGUUUAGAUUUUCAUGUAGAUUUGCCCCCAUUCUAUAAGAGGUGAAAACAGAGCUACAUUCAGGUGUCCUGAUUCCUUCUUCAAUAUGAUGGAUGGUGAGGACCUGAAUCUGUUAACCUACUCUUCACCUGCAGAUUUCCCACGUAAUUUGGGAUCCUGCUUAGAGUACAACAGUGAUGCAACACAGUAAAUUGGGCCAGCAAGCAUGCCUCUCCAAGUGUAAGUAGGAAGGCUCAAUCAAGAGCACAGCCUUAAUUUGGUUCAAAUCUGUCAUCAUAAAAGCCAUUAAGUGUGAUCCACUUCUCCCCAACAAUAUGCAAAUAAAGGCACUUGACAUAAGGGGAUGCUAGUUAUGUUCAAACUGUAUCAUGGUUUGCAGCUGAUGAAGCAAUUGUUUCAUCUCCCUCAAGGCUGGAAUGCCUGACAGCCACAAUGAGCUUCAUGAGCAUGAUAUAUCUCCUCAGAUUACACACAAUUCACAUUGAUCUUCAUUGAAUUUUGCUGUUUAAUUUGUAUGGGUUGCUUGUUCAAAAUGGUUUUAUGCCACAGAACUAUUGAUUUGUUUUACUCUGUUACAUUUUUCAUAAGAUGAACUUCCUGUGGUAUUUUAAUAAUAUAUAACAGAUGAAGAAUGGUUGCUCCAAUCAAUGGAUGAGUAAGUCUUUAAAGACUCUACACGACACAACUUUUAAAGAUGAUUUGCAAAUUUCUUCUAAAUAGUAGAUAAAUAGUAGCCAUUGGAUAAUAUGACAUCUAUAUUAUAUCAGCUGCUUUGGUUGCUAGUGCAUUGCUGGCCCCAAAUUUCACCAGUUUGUACUGGCCAUAAAGCCAUAAAUGGUUUCAAUCCAGACUGCCUGAAGGACCACUAGCCUACCUACACUCUGAUAGCAGGACUGGAAGAAACUUCAUGGUGGCCCUUUGCUUAAAGACCUUGGCUCCAAUUGAUAUUCAGUAGGGUUCAUCAUUAUAAAUCUCCAAGUAUACUCUAAAAACUUAUCAUUUCCUUUUGGUUUAUAAUUGAGCUCGUUUAUUGGGUGCCCAUCUGCAAAUGCAGUUAACCAAUUGGAAUUACUAAUUUUCAAUAUAUCAUUCGUCUCCAUUCUUGAAAUAAAUAUUUCAUUGGGUUUCACUAUGUGAAUCUUGCAUGCCACUUUGGGAAAGUUUCCCCUAAAAGGCGGCCUAUAAAAAGUGACCUAUAAAUCUUCAAAUAAUAAAUAAAUAAAUAAGCCAUAAAUGGUAAAUAAUCUAACCAGGUCUUGUUCUAGUAGUGACUCUCCACACAUUUUUGUUUGGCAUAAGCUUUCAUGGAUUACAUUCCACUUCAUCAGAUAUAAGGAGCUGUGGUCCAUGAAACUGAUGCUAAAUAAAACUAUUUGUUCUUCAGGUACAAAAAGACUUUGUUGUAUUAGCUGCAAUAUACUAACAAGACUGGCCCUUCUUAAAUUUUCCAUAUUUCCAAAUGGUCACAUUUUAAAGAUUUUUCAAGAUCCUUCAUCACAUGCCAUCCCAUUUUAAGUAAUAUUAACCUGCCCUUUUUGGCCUUGAUUGUUUAUCCCCAGAGGUGGUCCCAUCUUGUGUUGCCCACAAAGGACCAUGGAAUGUGGAUUCUUCUUCUUCUUCUUCUUCUUCUUCUUCUUCUUCUUCUUCAGUAUCCCAUGUGAGCUCCCCUCCCAUCUUUUCUUGGAAGGGAUUAAAAGAACCUCUCUAGACUACACGUUCACUUCGCGAUCUUCACUCUUCAGGCACUGUCAGCUUUCCGCUUCCAUGCCCCCAACCUCUGGCUGCUUUUGCCCUCUUGGAGGAAAACAUAUUGUUAUGAAAAAAAAAAGGUGGGAGAUAAAUUAAUAGAAAGGAAUUAGAAUGCUGUACUUACAGGGAUGACUGGUGGAUUCCAUGUCAGGGAUGUACUAAAUUCAUUCUGGGUUUUAUUCCAGACUUUAAAGGUCUGGAAUAAGGUAAUGAAUUUGAUUUGGGGAGAGGGUUCACCACAUUGGAUAGCUUCAAGUUCUGAAAUAAAAUGCAGUGUGGAUUUAUGGUACAGUUGAUAUGGAAAGCACCAGCUGCUGUUGGCUCUUAACUGUUUCCUUAACAUUGAUUUCCAUGGAAGAUGGAUUGCAACAUGGAUAAGUUGUUCUACAUUGCAUGAGCAGGAGGACACCAGGGCUGCUUUGCUAGUCCCACCUGACACUGCACCAUGUCUCCUCACUAUGAUGUGCUCAUGGGUGUUUGCAAAGGGGCAGUAUCAUAUGCAGGUGCCAUAACAUCAUGAUAGCAUGGAGAAGCUAUAUGCAAGUGAUUACUACAUAUAAGCAAGAGCCACCUCUUUGCAGAUGGCCAUGUCCAUUCUGAGGGGGUGGAGCAAAUAGCCAAUUUGGGUGGGGCUUGUAUCACUGGUUAAUUACCACUUUGUGAAGGGGACUUUCAUUUUGAAAAGCAAAACUGCUUUGUGGUAAAACAUAAUUUCAACUUUGGGGAUGUUAGAAAUCCUCUCUGGUGUGCAACUUGCCUUGUAAUAGCAGUGUCCCUAAAGGGAAGCAAUGAUCUCCUUUAAUGUGGCUUCAGCUAUGUUUAUAGGGAAUGAUUUGUACUUGUUUUCAGACAUCUUUCUUACCUCAUUCUCUGUGGUAUGCACAGCAUGAGGUUAGCAACAAACUUUGAUCCAUGGACAGAUUUAGGGUGACAAGGGAAGAUUGGGUUGAGAAAAGGUGUAAACCUCUGUUCUUGGCAGAGGACAAAACAACAGUGAAGCAGCAAGUGAUCAUGUUGUUUUAGCUCAUUUAUAGCAACUUGCAGACAGGAAAUGAGUACAUCUUGAAUAUAUUGCUUUGCAGACCUCUUGUCUGAAGCUCGGCUUGGGCAAAAUAAUGGCUUUUCCAUAUAGCUUGAUAUUUGUCAAUUGUUGUUGCCCUGGAGUCCUGUGGAAACUUCUUAAAUGUUUUUCUGGUAAUGGAGUGUUGUAUUCCCCAGACAGCUUUAAUGAUUAUUUACUAUGAUGUGGUAAACUCUGUAAAUGUGGAAAUA